GCGGACAUCCCAGCUUCUGGCUGUUCCGCAUCUGAGUCCUGGCAGCAGUAGCGAUGGCUGCUCUGACGGACCUGCAGCGGCUGCAGGCCCGAGUGGAGGAGCUGGAGCGCUGGGUGUACGGGCCGGGCGGGGCGCUAGGCUCGCGGAAGGUGACUGAUGGUCUUGUCAAAGUACAGGUGGCUUUGGGGAACAUUGCCAGUAAGAGGGAAAGGGUGAAGAUUCUGUACAAAAAGAUUGAAGACCUGAUCAAAUACCUGGAUCCUGAGUACAUUGAUCGCAUUGCUAUACCUGAUGCUUCUAAGUUGCAGUUCAUUUUAGCAGAGGAGCAGUUCAUCCUCUCCCAGGUUGCACUCCUGGAGCAGGUAGAUGCCUUGGUGCCCAUGCUGGACAGUGCUCCCAUCAAAGCCGUUCCUGAGCAUGCCCUCCGCCUGCAGCGCUUGGCCCAGAUCCACAUCCAGCAGCAGGACCAGUGUGUGGAGAUCACCGAGGAGUCCAAGGCUCUUCUAGAGGAAUACAACAAAACUACGAUGCUUCUCUCCAAGCAAUUUGUGCAGUGGGAUGAGCUACUUUGUCAGCUAGAGGCCGCCAAGCAAGUGAAGCCAGCAGAAGAAUGACAGCUGCUCUCCAUCCCAGGGCAGCCAGGUUCCAGGGCCAUGUGCCAACCUGCCUUUAUAACAAGGCAGAGGCAAUUUUGUAUUUAUUGGAUUCAGGGACCACCUGUCUGCACUCAGAUGAGGCUCUGAGGUCGAGUUAUCUGAGCAUUGUCAUUUGCACCCCCAUCAGUGUAUUUAUUCCAUGGACAAUAAACUGUAGAGAU